AUGGAGCGCGUCCAGGCUGCCCUGGGCGAGGCAGCCGCGGCGCUUGCAGCGGCGAGCGGGCCUUCCAGGGGCGCUGCAGAGCAGCUGCACUUCGGGAAGGUGCGCGCGCUCAUCGAAGGCCAGAGGUGGACGGCCACGGAGAAAGGGCAGCUGCUGACCCAGCUCGGGCAGACGGGGUUCAGUCACGAUUUGGUCGGCGCCGCGACCGAGUGGCUCUGCGGGAGGCGCACGAAGGCCAAAGGGCAAAGUUACGAGUGCUUCGUGGAGUUGCUGACUGCCUCCACGUGGCACGUGCUGCUGAGCCCAACCGAGUCGUUCGCUUCGAAAUUUGUCAUGUUGAUGCGCCACUUGGAGCGCCUCGGGCUCCGGAACCCUUCCGAGCCGACGUUUGGCAUGCUAGCCGCGUUCAUGUUCCUGGCGUGCCAGCGAUCAGGCAUCGAGAAGAAUUCGCCGACUCCGCAGCUCUUGGACGUGUACUUGCAGUUGGUGAAGACCACGUGGCGUUCCCCUGCCUACACAGCUGCUCGAGGCAAGGCAACCGAGUUUGUCGGCGCGCUCUCCCCCUCGGCGGCGCUGUUCCAGCAGGAGAGGCCGACGCUGUACGAGCAGGCGUUCGCCUCGGAGGGGCCCGUGCAGCCGACAAUUGGGCUUCUCGAGACGCAGGUCCUCGGGAAGCUCAUCAGCUUGCGCGGCAACAGGAACGCAGCGCUCAGCGCCCAGGCAACGCCGCAGCGGGCGGCGUUGCCGCCGAUCGCCUUCGCGCCUCUGCCGCCGCGUUCUCCGAUGCAAAGCGUUGCGGUUGCAGCCGCGACGAUUGCCGCGACGCCUCCCUUGGGGGCCGCGACGCCAGCGGCGUUGCCGUUGUGGGUGAUCCCAACGCACAACGCCCGCGGCGGGUGGCCGAACCCAGCGGCGGCCGCCCUCGUCUCGCAGCGCGGGCCGACGACUCCCACUCCAGCAGCUCCCGCGGGCAAGCCUGCCGCGAUGUCGGGAGCGGCGCCUGCGGCCGCGGCCUCAAAGUUGGGUGGUGGCGCCAAGGUCAAGGCAUCGGCCGUUGACGUCAUGGUGCUGAGCUCGAGCGAGUCCGAGGUGGACGCGAAGGGGGCGCCGCAGAAGAAGGCAAAG